CGGGGGGAGGGAGGGAGGGAGGCGGGUCCCGGCCGGGAGGCACCUGGGCAGGUUCGGGCAGCGGAAGAGGAGCCGGAGGGCCGCAGGGGCCGCGCGGAACGGCCCGCCACGGACGGAAGCCCGACAUGAUGCGCUUCAUGCUUCUCUUCAGCCGCCAGGGCAAACUGCGCCUCCAGAAGUGGUACUUGGCCACGUCAGACAAGGACAAGAAGAAGAUGGUGAGGGAGCUCAUGCAGGUGGUCUUGGCGAGGAAGCCCAAGAUGUGCAGCUUCCUGGAGUGGAGGGACCUCAAGGUGGUCUACAAAAGGUAUGCCAGCUUGUAUUUCUGCUGCGCCAUCGAGGGCCAAGACAACGAACUCAUCACCUUGGAGCUCAUCCAUCGAUACGUGGAGCUGCUGGACAAGUACUUUGGCAGCGUGUGUGAGCUGGACAUCAUCUUCAACUUCGAGAAGGCCUACUUCAUCCUGGACGAGUUCCUGAUGGGGGGAGAGGUCCAGGACACAUCGAAGAAAAGCGUCCUCAAAGCCAUUGAGCAGGCGGACCUCUUGCAGGAGGUAGAGGAGGACGAGUCGCCCCGGAGCGUUUUGGAGGAGAUGGGCUUGGCAUAGACUUGGGAUCGUGAGCCGGCUCUCCCCCCCCCCUUGCCCCUGCCACUGCCCCUCAGCCCCCCACGCAAUGGG